GAUCGCCGUCGCGACGUUAAUGACUUUCGAGUUCGCGCGAGACAUCGAUACGCGAUCGAGUCGCGUUGCCGGUCGACUUCCCUGCCCGUCAAACAUGUCGGACGACGCGCUUUUCUGCGCCGAGCAGAUCAAGAUCCCGCCGACCUUCCCGGACAUUCUGAGGCUGUACAUGAAAGCGGCGAUCCGCACGCAGCCCUACGACCUUCUCCGAUGGACCUGCGCCUACUUCCGGGCGCUGGCCAACGGCGAGCUGCCUCCCGUCAAAAAAAGACUGGAGUACCCGCCGUUUGUCCAUCCGACGAGUAUCACACCUGGGUACCUGAGGACCCUUUUGAACACGUUCGGUCCCAUCGAGACGGUCGGCAUGGUGGCGCUGCUGGAAAAAUGGCAGGACAUAGCCCUUCCGGAGUAUAGCCUCUACCAGAUCCUGCUGGUCGGCCAACUAACGUCCGAGAGAGAGUGUGACUUUUUCAAAUUCCUCGCGAUCGCCUGCGGAUUCUUGGGCAAGGUAAGCCGUCUGGCCCGAGAAUAGAAGCGCGCUCGCGACAUUCUCUCGUGGAAUACCUAAAAUAGAGCCGCAGCCUGCAAUAUGGCCCCCCUAUCUCUCC